UUUUGUCGAAGCCCCGCGGUAGAUUGUGAAUCAAGCGACUAGAGAGCAAUUAGCUAGCUAGCGACAACAUCUAAUAUGCUGGAACAAGAAACCUUUCAAUAAUAAAAAUACAUUUUGAAGCAGUGUAGGGGACCCAUCUACUGGGUUUCACAUGCUUGGUACACACAAGCUAGUUAAGCAGGACAGCUAACGUUAGCGUUAGCUGGCUAGGUGAUCCGUGGGGGCUUGCUAAUAACAAACGUUAGCAUGCACUGGAAGGAACCUUUUGGGGUGGAUGCAAGAUUGAAACUGUCUGAAUCAACGAAAAAUACACCAUCUCGAAGGCUGAGGUAACAGUGCCACCAUGUACUCGAGCCUAAACAACCCAAUGAAGUCCAGCUGCAACAGCAGCAGCAUCACUGAGCUGCUGGGUGCCCUGUGUGACUGCAGCCUGUCUGGGGUGUCAUGGAAACGCCGUGCCCUGGGUGGAGUUUCAAGAGAAGGUUUCCGCAGAGCUCUCAAAAAACGUGCCUACGGUGCCCUGCUGUCUAAGCUAUUUCAAGAUGACACCAAAGGGUCUGCCUCAGGACUGAGUGCCACAGCCAAUACACCGCCCAAAAACAAAGUUUUGAUGAUAUGUUUUGACUUGCGGGUGGCAGGGUGCCGAGAGGAAGCAGAGCGUUUGGAGGAGCAGCUGGGGAUGCUGUUGGAUGGAGCAUCCUCUGGCCUAAAGGAAGUAGACGCUGUCCUUGAGCUCUUGGUACAUCUAGCUGGUUCGGCACCUCCACCCCCUACCUCUUUCAUUAGGGACUAUAUGAGACGAGAGAGGCCUGUACUGCGGAGGCCUCAACCCUGGGGCUACCAGAGCGAGGAGCUUCAGAGGCUAGAGGCCCGGGCAUGGAGUCUAGUGUGUGGGGAGGAAUGGGGGACUUUAGAGAGUUUGUGUGGAACUCAGAAGUUGAUGGAUGCUCCUCCAGGCACAGGACUGCUGGCUCUGAGAACUAAAUUAGAAGUGGAAGAAAGAUUUGAGAGGGAGACCAGGAUGACACUGUUUGGAGCACUGCAGCACACUCGCACCUCAGACAUAGACAUAAGACUGGACCUGCCUCCUGUUCCCAGUAAUAUUGAUGUAACUGGGCUGGCUAUACGGGUCCCCCCAUGUAUAGAUCAGUCUGAGGAUGAAGGUUUCCAGUCAGCUUCCAACAUGACCCCAGACUCUCAGUCAGAGACCAGCCCCAUACCAGACGUUGAUAUAUGGGAGGCUCUUCGCACAUUUGAGCCUGGAAGACGUCGCUGCUGGGAGUCUGUUGGCUGCCCACCAGGGAAAAGCGAGUCACUCUAUCUAACAGAGGGAGGCAGGGAGGCCUUUGACCAGCUCUAUCGUCUGUGGGAGGGGGAGAUGAGGGUGGUCAGCACUGCUACACCUUCUCCUCUCCUCCCGCUGCCCCUGGACUCUCAGGCACUACUGGUAUUUGACCUCCUCAACGUCUUGAUCGGGGUGGCAUCCACGACCUUCCCUCUCAACCAGAGUGUUCAGUUUGAUGUCAGACCUGGUGUGUGCGUGUCCGGAGCCUCUCCAGAGAGUGUGUCUCGUCUCUUGGGGGAGCUGGCCCAGUACGGCACCCACUACUUGAGGCUUAGUCGCUUUUCUCUGCCGAGUGCUGGAAAAAAAGGCCUAGUCUUUCAGGCUUUUACAGGUGGUCUGCGGAAGUAUCUGCAUUACUACAGGGCUUGCGUUCUCAGCACUCCACCCACCCUCAGCCUGUUGACUAUUGGCUUCCUCUUCCGCAAAGUGGGCCGCCAACUAAGGUACCUGUCAGAACUGUGCUGCGUAGAUGGGCCUUUGGGUGCAGGCCAGGCUACCUUCCCUGUGGGUGUUAAACUGCUGUCCUACCUGUACAAUGAAGCACAGAAUAACUGCAGCAACGAGAACUGCGCGGUCCUCCUGUCGCUGCUGAAGAGCAGCUGUGAACCUUAUACACGGUUUGUGUCUGACUGGGUGUAUAGCGGCGUGUUUCGGGAUGUUUAUGGAGAAUUCAUGAUCCAGGUUAAUGAGGACUAUCUCGUCUUCAGAGACAAACACUUCUGGGUCCAAGGCUACACUCUGAUCUCAAAGGAUGUGGAGGAUUGUGUGCCCAUCUUCCUGAGAGACAUUGCCAACGACGUGUAUGUCUGUGGAAAGACCAUCAACCUCCUUAAGAUCUGCUGCCCGCAGCACUACAUCUGCUGGUCGGAGCUGCCGGUGCCUCGCAUUGCUGUCACCUUCUCCCUCCGGGAGGUGGAGGACAUCGAGAGGGACUGUGCUGUGUACCGCGGACGCAUGGAGCGGGUUGCUAAGCACAGCGCCAUCAGCAGGGAGGAGCAAGCCCAGCGAGCAGAGCAGGCACGCCAGGAGCUGAUCAAUCAGGUCAGAGAGUCAGCGGCCAAAACCCUGGAGAGCAUCCGCGGGCGCCAGGUGUCACAACGUCUGGCUGAGGAGGCCAAGAAGAAGGAGCGUUUUGAGGAGCUGAAACAGCACCUGGAGCAGGAGCAAGAGUGGCGAAGCGUAGCCACAAAGAAGCAGGAGGAGGAUGACUUCAGCUUUGCCAGAGAGCUGAGGGACAGAGAAAAAAGACUACAAGCCCUCGAGGAGCAACUGGAGCAGAGAGCCAGGAAGGAGCUGAUAGCUCAGUACAGCCGUCUGUCAGAGGAUGCAGCUCGCAGAGAGAGACGGGCCAUGUGGCGGGUGCAGCGAAUGAGACUUGAUGAACCCCGGGCUCAGUUCUUCAUGCAUGACAGGCAGCAGACUCAGGCAAUGCUAGAGAAAUAUCCUUUAGGCCAGAAGAGACCUCCCAUCAAAGUGUUUCCACCUGUUACCUCAGCACAACAGACUGCACUACAACCAACACUGGAAUCUCCCACUCAGCAUCUGUCUGAGCAGCAGCCAGCGGAGACUCAAGAAUCUGAUGGUGUAUCACCUGACCCAUCUUCACCUACCCUCACCCACCUUACAGUUAACCUCGCACUCAUCUCUGAGAACGUUGACGUCAAUGAUUUUCUUCCUAAGUCACCAAAUCCUAACAGUCAGCAGGUAGACAUCGCCCUACAGGAGAUUGGCUCUGACCUACCUGAAGUGUGUCCUACAGCACAGCUAGUAGACUAUGACUUCAGUGCCCCCUUUAGUCCACUUGAAGGUAUCACAGGUCAAGCCUCAGUCCAGCCCCAACCUCGCUGGGGACCUGCAAUCCAGCCUGACUUGAUCCAAAACCAUCCCUCUUUUUCUCACAUCCUCAUAGGAGAGAACAUGUCUCAAGUCCAGGAUUGUCUCCCCAAAGCUAGCCCCUUUGGCCAACCCUCCAAAUCCAGCUUUACGCUAGGCCAGUACACCCCAGAGGAGCUUCAGAAUACAUCUAAAGCAAGCAUUUAUGGACAUCCCUCUCAAGCCUCAGUGCAGUUAGUAGAUGGGAGUGGCUCUAUGACUGACAACAAGCAGGCGGAAAUUGCAUCUGUGAUCAUUGAAAUGGGGAAUUUAGAAAGUAAAGAGGCAAAUAAAGACAAUGAUGUGCUUGAUGCAGCUUUGUCCACCACACCAGAAGAAAGUGGCAAGGGUAAUUGUCGUUACAAAGCAGUGACAAGUCUUUCUGACUGUGGUGGGAUUGAGCCACCUGAUGCAAAUCCUAACCCAAGCACUCAAGACCGCAGCUCAGAUGCUCAAGAUAAAGCUGGUGAUAAUAAUUAUUUGCCAAAUGUUCAUCUCCCCAGUGCUCGCCUUAAAGCUGGAGAGCUGGUUUUAGAUGUCGUUGCCCAGCAUUCUUUACCUAGAGUCCAUGGGCAUUCCUCUGAUGCUCGCGUAAAGGUUGGACAACUUGUAUCAGAGGUAACUGCUCCUCUUCCAUCCCCUAACGUCCACGGUUAUGCCUCAGAUUCCCAUAUCAAAAUUGGAGAACAUAUUUUGGAAGUUGAUGCUUCUCUACCUUCCUCCAGUCUUCACAGUCAAUCUUCUGAUGCUCACAUUAAAGUUGGGGAAAAUGUUUCAGAUAUAGUUGCCCCUCUGCCCUUUCCAAACGUUCAUGGUCACAGUUCAGAUGCCCACAUUAAAGUUGGAGAAAAUAUCUCAGAUGUUGUCGUGCCACUUCCUGCUCCCAACAUCCACGGUCACUCCUCUGAUGCUAAUAUAAAAGUGGGCGAGUUUCUGUCUAACAUACCUGAAGCAAGGCCUCGUGAGAGUAAACAUGGGCAUGCCUCAGACUGCAUGCUUCAAUCAGGCUGUGUGGUGUCUGGAACUGAACCCGCCUUGUCUGUUCUACCUGGAAGCUCUUAUGGUCACUCCUCAGACUCAGGGUUAGGUGGUGGAUGUGUAGUUUCAGGAGAAGAACCCAAACGUUCUCCUCUACCUGGCAGUGCUUAUGGUCAUUCUUCAGACUCAGGGUUAGGUGGUGGAUGUGUAGUUUCAGGAGAUGAACCCAAACGUUGUCCUCUACCUGGCAGUGCUUAUGGUCAUUCUUCAGACUCAGGAUUGGGAGGUGGAUGUGUAGUUUCAGGAGACGGACCCAAACGUUGUCCUCUACCUGGCAGUGCCUAUGGUCAUUCUUCAGACUCAAAUUUAGGCGUUGGAUGUGUUGUGUCCAAAACUGAACCACUUCCAUCACAACUACCCGGCAGCACCUACGGCCACUCCUCUGAUUCAACCCUGGGGGUGGGUUGUGUGGUGUUGGGGACAGAGCCACAAGCCUCUGCACUACCAGGCAGCACCUAUGGCCACUCAUCAGAUUCUUCACUCGCAGUUGGGUGUGUGGUGAAGGGCAAAGGCAGCUUAAAUCAGCAGAAGACAGACGACAAUGAAGAUGGCAGAGGUUCUAAGUCGGACAGCCCUGGUGAGCAGCUGGUUGAGUUCAUGGGGUCCUGGGCAGCAGGCUUCGGUUUGUCCCCUGGAGAAAAGUCUGAGCAGGAAUAUCUCUUGGCUUUGUGUGCUCAGUACGAGGUGGAAAAAUACGAAGACUGCUACAACCUAAUGGCUUCGUCCCCAGAGUGUCAGCUGCUGAAGCAGGUAACUCGGGGACCCUGGGGCCUUCCUAUGGACCACACACUCCGCAGAGCCACAGACACCACUGUUGUCCAACUCAGCGAGAUGGUUUCUCUGCCAGUUCUGAUAAAACAGGCCGUCACUACCCCACUGAUCACACAUGUGUCAUUGGUGAACAAGGCGGUGGUGGACUACUUCUUUGUGGAGUUGGGGGUGGAGAGACACUUUGAGGCACUGCGCCACUUCCUGCUGAUGGAGGAUGGCGAGUUUGCACAGUCCCUCAGCGAUCUGCUCUUUGAAAAGCUGGGCAGUGGCCAGACUCCCGGUGAGCUGCUGACCCCCCUGGUCCUGAACUCCAUCCUCAGUAAGGCCCUGCAGUACAGCUUGCAUGGGGACACCCCCUUAGCAGGUAACUUUACCUUCGCCCUGCGCUUCCUCCCGGAGACCUUCCACCCACACGCCCCCGAUUCUCUCAACUGUCUGGAGCUCCGCUACAAGCAUGAGUGGCAGCUUAAUCGCAUCAUCACGUACUGCGCCGAAAACAAGUACAACCGUCUGUUCUCGUUCCUGCUGCAGCUCAAACACAUGGUGUGGAGCCUCCGUGAGGUCUGGUUCCACCUCAAGAGAACAGCGCUGGUGAAAGGUGCAGGUCGCUCGGUGCAGUUUCGGCAGCUGCAGCUAUACAGACACGAAAUGCAGCAUUUUGUCAAGGUGAUCCAGGGAUACAUCGCCAACCAGAUCCUGCAAGUGUCCUGGAGCGAGUUCACAGCCAAGCUGGCCACUGCCAACGACCUGGACGCCAUUCACCGUACACAUGCAGACUACCUCAACAGAGCCAUCUUCAGGGGUUUGCUGACAGAGAAGGCAGCUCCGGUCAUGAACAUCAUCCACAGCAUCUUCAGCCUGAUCCUCAAGUUUCGGGCCCAGCUGAUCGCACAGCCCUGGGGCAGCCAGCAGGGGGAGGCAGUGCACCCAAGCUUUAUUGCCAUGCAGCAGUCGUACAACACCUUCAAGUAUUACUCUCACUUCCUUUUCAAAGUGGUGACCAAGCUGGUGAACCGAGGCUACCAGCCUCAUCUAGAGGAUUUCCUUCUUCGCAUCAACUUCAACAACUACUACAAAGACUCCUGAGCUGUGUACUGGUGUGUAUGUUGUACAUGAGCUUAGUGUGAGUACUUGACAUAAUACAGGCCAUUUGUUAGAUACUUGCAAUGCACUGUUUACAUCUUAGAGUCCCCUGUAUCUGUCUAUAAGACAGAUAAUCAGAAAUAUAUAAUACAAUAAAUGUUAGUGUCGAAAAUACAUUAAGAAACCCACCUGUACUUUAUAUUAGGCCAUGAAUUUGAAAUUUAAAUUGUAUGCAAUUAUGCAAAGUUUAUGCAAUCCAUGUGCAGGAUUUAAUUAAUGGCUAAAACUGUAUGCUGCCAAAGUUUGUAAUUAAGGUGAAGCUGAUGCCUACUGUAAUGUCUCACGAUUACGUGUGCCUCCAGCUAUGUAGAUUUUAAGUGCAUAUAAAUGAAGUGUCAAUUGCAUGUAAAUACAAUUGUUAAAUAAAUGCGCUAUGUUCCUGUGU